UGGGUGAGCUCGAGUGUGAGUCGGGCUGCGGGAGACUUGAGAACAGUUGGGAGCUAGCGAGAGCGCGCCAGAGAGCGAGCCAGAGUGAGAGGAGUGAGUGUGAGCGGACCUAGAGGAGUCGGCACGAGAAAACGAGGGUCGGAGGACCCAAGGUUGAGACGGAGUGACCAUGGCUGUCUCUGCACCUCCGGUAAUCUCUGCAACUUCCAGCGGCGCCGGCGUCCCAGGGGGAUUGUUUCGGGCUGAACCCCUGUACUCGACUUCGGGAGAGCCCCCUCGACUCACCCCUAGUAUGAUCAACAGUUUCAUGACCAAUAACCACAGCGGCAGCGCAGGGGGUGGCAUGGUCGGUAGUGGCGGUGGCGGCGGCGUCAGCGGCAACACCAACACCAACGAAUGCCGGAUGGUCGACAUGCACGGGGUGAAGGUGGCUUCUUUCCUAAUGGACGGCCAAGAACUGAUCUGCUUACCGCAAGUCUUUGAUCUUUUCCUCAAGCACCUGGUGGGAGGGUUACACACGGUAUACACUAAGCUGAAGAGACUGGACAUAUCCCCCGUGGUGUGUACUGUGGAGCAGGUCCGGAUCCUGCGCGGGCUGGGGGCUAUCCAGCCAGGCGUGAACCGCUGCAAGCUCAUCACCAGGAAAGACUUCGAAACUUUGUUCACCGAUUGCACCAAUGCCAGAAGGAAGAGGCAAAUGACAAGAAAGCAAGCUGUUAACAGCUCAAGGCCUGGAAGGCCCCCUAAGCGUUCUCUGGGAGUGUUGCAGGACAAUGCCCGCCUUCUGCCCCAUGCAGUCCCAGGCCUCUUAUCACCAGGACUUAUCACUCCGACAGGUAUAACAGCUGCAGCAAUGGCUGAGGCAAUGAAGCUGCAGAAGAUGAAGCUGAUGGCUAUGAACACUCUGCAGGGAAAUGGAAGUCAAAAUGGAACUGAAUCUGAACCUGAUGAUCUGAAUUCUAACACAGGUGGAAGUGAGUCCUCCUGGGAUAAAGAAAAGAUGCAGUCUCCUCUUGCUGCUCCUGGACCCCAACAUGGAAUUGCGCAUUCUACCCUUGCUGGUCAGCCUGGCCUUGGUGGUGCUCCUACUCUCAAUCCAUUGCAGCAGAACCACCUGCUAACCAAUAGACUGGAUCUGCCAUUUAUGAUGAUGCCUCAUCCCCUACUUCCAGUCAGCUUACCUCCUGCUUCAGUUGCCAUGGCAAUGAAUCAGAUGAACCAUCUCAAUACUAUUGCCAACAUGGCUGCUGCAGCCCAGAUUCACAGUCCACUCUCCAGAGCUGGUGCCUCUGUUAUUAAGGAGCGGCUCCCAGAGAGUCCUUCUCCUGCUCCCUCUCUGGAAGAGAGUCAUCGCCCUGGGAGCCAGACAUCCUCCCACCCCAGUAGCAGUGUGUCCAGCUCUCCCUCUCAGAUGGAUCAUCAUUCAGAGAGAAUGGUUAUGAUGCCCAGCAAUAGAGAGGAACUUAUUGUUGAUCAGGAUAAUGGACCAACUAUCAAAAAGUUCCAAAGGGAUAAUAAAGAAGAGGUACCAGUUCAAAUCCCAAUGAUGAAGUCACCCUUGGACAAGAUCCAGCUGACUCCUGGGCAGGCAUUGCCCCCUGGAUUCCCUGGACCAUUCAUUUUUGCUGAUAGUCUGUCCUCCGUGGAGACUCUGUUGACCAACAUUCAGGGUCUACUGAAAGUGGCUUUGGAUAAUGCUCGUAUCCAGGAGAAACAGAUUCAACAAGAAAAGAAGGAACUGCGAAUAGAACUCUACAGAGAGAGAGAAAUUAGAGAAAAUCUUGAAAGACAACUUGCAGUUGAGCUGCAAAGCAGAACUACCAUGCAAAAGCGCCUGAAGAAGGAGAAAAAAGCCAAGAGAAAACUUCAGGAAGCCUUGGAAUUUGAAUCCAAGCGCCGAGAGCAAGUCGAGCAGGCACUUAAAGCCACUGCUAAUGACAGUGGGCUGAGGAUGCUGAAAGAUACUGGAAUUCAAGAUAUUGAACUUGAAAACAACGGGACCCCUCAUGAUAGUGCUGCUAUGCAAGGAGGUAACUAUUACUGUUUAGCAAUGGCACAACAGUUUUAUUCGGCCUGAAAGGUCCUCGCUGGCUUUACAUAAAUGAAGAUGCUUGUGAAUCCAGCUUAUCUCUGAAACUAUUCAACAUGGAGUUAUUUCAAUUGUCUUGAUCAGCAAAGCUCUGUUUACCGAAGCAUUUAUUCAAUCUGUUUAAAAAAAAAAAAAAGAACGUGUGUAAACUUUCAAAGCAAUGAUGUAAACUUUGUCCUGAUGUUAGACUGUCCAUUUAAAAUAUGAGCUAAAUCCUAAUGGCUAAAGUAACUUGGUCAUAUUUGAUGCUGUUCUAUGUUCAUUUCAGCUUGGCUUUUUGUCUUUCAAGGGGAAAGUUCAGUAGUGUAUUAGAGAAUAGAAACUUAAAUGUGUGGUUUUUCUGUUUUACCAUAUGCUAAGUUAAAGUACACCUUCUUUGUUUAAAAUGUACUUGCUUAACUUCCAUAUGAAUAAAAGCAUUUUGAAUUUGUC